CGUAGAGAUCAGUCGUCGCAAUAUCGCCGAGGCACACAGUAGAUUUCGAGGCCAUGCGGUAGACGCUCGUUCAGACGAUAACAAUACAUAAACCGCUUUGCUUGGCUACUCGCUUGUGCAAGAUAAAUUGAAUAUUUUCUUGUUAUAACAAAAUUUUUAACGAAAUUACAGUGUUUAUUGGUUGUGUGGGACGGUGUACAACGGUUUUAACUAACUUUGUCUUUUAAUUCACGUGCAUUCUCGCGAUUUGUGACUCCCGCAAAUCAUUUGUGAAAGUUAACAGUUCGAAGUUAGGAAGCAAGAAAAAAGUCGACUACGAAAUGGCAAUGGUCACCAUGAACAAUUUUUUGAACGGAAAAGAUUCAAGAUGGCUGCAAUUGGAGGUAUGCCGCGAGUUUCAGAGAAACAAAUGUUCCAGGCCGAACACUGAAUGCAAAUUCGCCCAUCCGGCCGCAAAUGUUGAAGUUCAAAAUGGUCUUGUGACCGCUUGCUACGAUAGUGUUAAGAUUUUCCCCACCUAUAUUGAAACGGUUGCAAAAUAUUACUUUUGAGUUUUUAAAAAUUUUAUAUCCUGCACUAAGUAUUUUUGUUGGUAGUAAGUAAGCCACAAAUUUACCAAAUUAACAAAGGAUCUAAACGAAACGAAGACUUCGGAAAACAUGAUAAAUACCUAUUAAGUUUUAUUCAAGUUUAAAGAUUAUGAAAGAAAAUGUAUUACACCUCUUUACAGUGAGACACCUAAUUUUGAUGGAGUACCUAUGAACCGAAAAUUCGUAAAGCGAAUACACCACUUAGGCCCAUUUGCAGUAGGUACCAUGAAUUCUCCUUGUAAUGAAUUGUCAAAAUUUUUAUUAUUUAUUAUACAACCAUUUGCAAAUUAAUACCAUUGACACAUACCUACUUAUUUCAUAAAAAACAAUGAUUUUUAAAUAAAUUAUGGAAUAUUGAAUUUAAUUUACCAUAUAACCAUAUAUUAAUAACCAAUAAUAUUUUAGUAAGUUCUGACAUAAACAGUUUAUUUACAAAUGUACAAUUAGUUAAGACUUUAAAAAUAAUGAAAACAAAAUUAGAGAAUGAUGAUCAAAAGAAAAUUAGAGUUAUUGACCUGAUAAUGCCUACCUAUUUUAAACUAAUUAAUGCUUAACUUAAUUAAUUUUAGCUUAACUUAUUAAAUUUCUUAAGGCAGAUUAUGCAAUUUGCAAUUUUUUUAAAUUUUGCAAUAUAUUGUUACUGUUUUUUGUUUCACUUCAUUAUAUUUUAUUUAUA